ACACGUGUGCCGUACGCAGCUGGCCGGGCAACAAUACCAGCACCCCCUUCUCCCACACCGAAGCAGAGAGAGAGAGAGAGAGAGAUGUGGAAGCGGGCCUUGUCGGCAGGGUGCCUGUGCGCCCUACGCCCCCAGCUCACGUUAGCGAGGAGGCACGCAUCCAGCACAAGUAGCGUCUCCUCCGCUGUGGACUCCAUCCUCCUCCGUUCCCUCAAAGAGCAUUACCUUGAAGUCUCCAAAAUGUCGCCGCCUCCAAAGGUAAACCCUCCGUCUCCUUUCUCUGUCGUGAAAGGCGCGCUCGACAACGACGGUCCGGUCCUCCGUCGAUCCUAUGGCGACGAGGAGAUCACCAUCUCUGUCAUGAGACUGGCCAGCAUCAUCCCCGGUGGCGGUGAUGACGAAGACGAUGACGGCAUUAAUCAGCUUUUCCUUCAUGUCGACAUCUCGAAGCCUGGGCGGAAGGAAAGGCUCCACUUCUUGUGUGGUCUCUAUCCCGACGCAAUGGGAAUUCACUCCAUUUCCAUGCGCCCAACACUCAAGAAUUCCUCCUCACAAUUCGUCCGCGUUCCGUCCACGUAUCAAGGCCCUGCUUUUCAAGAUCUUGAAGAGAAGAUGAGGGAUGCCCUUCAUGGAUUCAUGGAGGAGCGUGGUCUGAACGAAAGCCUCUUUCUAUUUCUUCAAGCAUGGCUUUAUGUGAAGGAUCACCGGAAUCUGAUGCGGUGGUUCAAAACUGUGGGAACCUUCAUCAAUGAGCACAAGGCAGUUUGAACUGGCGCAUGUUUUCCUUUAACUCCAAUCCUCAAUACAAAUGAUCAUUGCUCUCCUCAGUGAGUGUUCUACUUCUUCAGAAAAAAAUGCUCUUCAAUUUUGGUAAGUGUAGCUUGGGUUUUAGAUCUUGAAAUCAAAUUGUUAAGAUGAAGCACAUGUUUUUACUAGUCUAUGAGGCACGGCUUCUUAUGCAAAUGGUCUUUCUUAUGCAUUGCCAGAAAUAUCUAUUUCACUGUUUCAUUACAUUUGUGUGGAUGGCAAGAGAAGUUUUGCUCCAAUUUGCAGUAGUUGAAAUACAUGUCUCAGAGGUGUUUCUAUAUGAGAUAGAAUAUUUAAAUGAAACUGACAGCUUGAUCA